AUGAGCUCUAAGGAAGUGAGCCCUGAAGCACGGAGCGACCUCUUCUCAGAGUGGCUCGACGCCAUCGAGUUCGACCCUGUCGACGAUCUCUUGUGGCCACCCUUUUCCAACUCUUACUCCCCAGAAUCGUGGACACCUCUCUGCUGCGAUCAGCCAGUCCAGGCCGUCGCCGUCGCCGGCUUCUCUGACGAGGACGAAGACAUCGUGCCACCUGCCAAGCAGAGCCGGAAGGACGGCAGCGCCUACAGUACGUCGGCACGACUCAGCAGCAAUGCACCAAGACGAAAGGGCUCCGCUCAAUUAUCCUCUUCAUCGGCUAGGAAGGAGUCACGGUGGGCGGAGCGCCUCCUCAACCUCUGCGCGACGGCAAUUGAGGAACGGAAUGUGGCGAGGGUGCAGCACCAGUUCUAUGUCCUCCGCGAACUCUCCUCGGAAACCCGCGACGUCAACCAUCGGCUUGCCGCCCACGGCCUGCAGGCCCUCACCCGCAAGCUCGCCGGCGCAUCGUCGGCUUCGUUGCGCUCGCCUUUCGCCGGGGCCGACCCGAGGUUCUUCCACCACGCGCUCGUGAUAUUCCACGAGCUCAGCCCAUGGUUCACCAUCGCUUACACGCUUGCGAACGUCACCCUCCUCGAAACCUUCCGCUCUGCGACCGUCUCCGAUGCCGCCGACCGGACCGUCCACCUCAUCGACAUCGGCAUUUCCCACGGGAUCCAAUGGCCAACGCUCCUUGAAGCCUUUGCGUGCGAGCCCCGCGGCCCGCCCUCCCUUGUGCGACUCACCGUGGUCGCGGAUGUCGCUGGAGCUCCCUUCGCCGCUGGUCCAACGGACAACGACUUUCCGACGAGGCUGAAGCGGUUCGCAAAGUCAGUCAACGUCAGCCUGGAAGUCAAUAUUGUUCAAGGCGAGCUGGGCAAGUUGACGGCAGGCGACCUCGGGGUGCGGGAGGAGGAGAGGGUGGCGAUCUGCUUCCAGUUCCGGCUGCACCAGUUGGGUAAAGAGAGGAAAAGGAUCCUCGGCUUCUUAAGAAACCUGUCGCCGGAGAUCGUCGUGCUAAGCGAUAACGAUGUUGAUUACCGGUCCAGUGUGGGGAUGGCGGCGAGGUUCGGGAGAAAGGCGGAGUUAUUUCGGCAGUUCCUGGACUCGACGAGCGUGGAGUUCAAAGGAAAGAAGUACUGUGAGGAGAGGUUGGCGGUGGAGAGGCAGGCGGGAAUGGCGGUAUUGAGCUGCGAAGAUCAGGGAAACGAUCAGAGGGAGGGGCGGUGGUGGGAGGUGGGAAUGGAGGAGGUUGGGUUCGUGAGGGUGGCGCUGAACGAGCGGGUGCUAGAGGCAGGGAGGGCGCUGUUGAAGAAGCACGACGGCAACUGGGGGAUGAAGGUGGAAGAAGGGUGCGCCUCCCUCUCCUGGAAAGGGCAGCCUGUUACCUUCUGCUCUCUUUGGAAGCCCGCUACCCUGAACACCUGA